AUGCCUGGACCGAUCAGAACCGCCGUGAAAGUCGACCUUGACAAGCCGGCGAAGGACCAGCCUUAUCUGCAUAACAGAUGGCAUCCUGAUGUACCCUUCUGCGGAACCAUCAAGAACGGAGAGACAGUGAAGAUCGAGUGCAUCGACUGGACCGGAGGACAGAUCAAGGACAACGACAGUGCCGACGACGUGAAGAAUGUCGACCUGACCCAGAUCCACUACCUGUCCGGUCCGUUUGAAAUCGAGACGGCCGAGCCGGGCGAUGUUCUUCUCGUGGAGAUCCAAGACGUCCAACCGUUCCAGGACCACCCGUGGGGGUUCACGGGGAUCUUCCACAAGGACAACGGCGGCGGGUUCUUGGACGAGCUUUACCCUGAAGCAGCCAAAGCAAUCUGGGACUUCGAAGGCAUCUUCUGCUCAUCACGCCACAUCCCCGGCGUGCGCUUCGCCGGCCUCAUCCAUCCAGGCAUUCUGGGAUGUGCACCAUCGCCCGAGAUCCUAGCCGAAUGGAACAAGCGGGAAGGAGAGCUGAUUUCGACCACCUCGCUCGAGCGCAUCGUCGCGCAACCCCCCAACGCCACGAACGUGCACGCCGGCUCAGCCGACGACGAAACCAAAACCAAAAUCGGGAAAGAAGGCGCCCGCACCAUCCCCGGCCGCCCCGAGCACGGCGGGAACUGUGACAUCAAGAACCUGUCGCGCGGAAGCAAAGUAUACUUGCCCGUGCAUGUCAAGGGCGCCAAGUUCUCCGUGGGAGACUUGCACUUUUCUCAGGGCGACGGUGAAAUCUCCUUUUGCGGCGCCAUCGAGAUCGCCGGCAUCAUCACCGUCAAGGUCGAAGUGAUCAAAGACGGCCAGGCCAAGCUCGGCAUGGUCGGCGGCAAAUCGCCCAUCUACAUCCCCGGCCCUGUCCAGCCGCAAUUCAGCCCGGGCCGCAUGCUCUACUUCGAAGGCUUCAGCGUCGACGAGCAAGGCAAGCAGCACUACCUGGACACCACGGUCGCCUAUCGCCAGUCUUGCUUGCGCGUCAUCGAGUAUCUCAAACGUUUCGGCUACAGUGACUAUCAGAUCUACUUGAUGCUCAGCUGUAUCCCGAUCGAGGGUCAUGUCGCUGGUAUUGUCGAUAUCCCCAAUGCAUGCACCACCAUCGGUUUGCCAAUGGAUAUCUUCUCGUUCGACAUCUCUCCCUCGGCCGAGGCGAAGAAGAUGGACUUGGGAUCUUGCGCGAUGGCCAGCAAGUAA